GAGAAAAAAAAAACGAUUGAGAAAAAAAAAAAACACUCCCCUCAAUUCUGCAAGCAAACGUGCAAUCUUUGGACAGUAAAAUGGACAAGUUAUUGGGAAGAUUAAACUACCAACGGGACAUUAAAAACUGUAACAUCUUAUGCUUCACGGAGUCGUGGCUGAACUACGACAAUAUCAACAUUCAGCUGGCUGGUUAUAUGCUGCUGUACCGGAAGGUUAGAACUGGAGAGAGAGCAGACUCUCACUUUGACAGCGGGAAGAGUCCUUCAGGGGAACCAGACCCAGAGACGGGUCCUUCAGGGGAACCAGACCCAAAGAAGAGUCCUUCAGGGGAACCAGACCCAAAGAAGAGUCCUUCAGGGGAACCAGACCCAAAGAAGAGUCCUUCAGGGGAACCAGACCCAAAGAAGAGUCCUUCAGGGGAACCAGACCCAGAGCCGGGUCCUUCAGGGGAACCAGACCCAAAGAAGAGUUCUUCAGGGGAACCAGACCCAGAGACGUCCAAACCAGCAGGACGACACCACUGCUCCCACUGUGGAAAGAGUUUUACUAAGCUACAGAACCUAAGAGUGCAUGAGAGAACACACAGAGGAGAAAAGCCUUUCCACUGCUCUCAGUGUGGAAAGAGGUUUACCCGUUUAGAGAACCUGAAACAGCAUGAUAGAAUACACAGUGGGGAGAAGCCUUACCAUUGUUCCCAUUGUGGAAAGCGCUUUAGGUCGUUAGGCACCCUGACAACGCAUGAGAGAAUACAUACAGGAGAGAUGCCUUACCACUGUUCCCACUGUGGAGAGAGUUUUAGGUGGUCAGGGAGCCUGAAAACACAUGAAAGGACACACACACAAGAAAAGCCCUACCAAUGCUCCCUGUGUGGAAAGAGAUUUACAGAGUUAGGGUCCCUGAAAAUACACAAUAGAAUACACACAGGAGAGAAGCCUUAUUACUGCUCCAAAUGUGGAAUACAUUUUACCUGGUUGGCGAGCCUGAAAACACAUGAGAGAAUACAUACAGGAGAAAGGUCUUACCACUGUUCCCACUGUGGAAAGAGCUUUAGUGGGUUAGUGAACCUGAAACAGCAUGAGAGAGUGCACACAGGAGAGAAGCCAUACCAAUGCUCUCUGUGCGGAAAGAGUUUUACCCAUUUGGGGAACCUAAAAGAGCAUGAGAGGACACAUACAGAAGAAAAGCCCUACCAAUGCUCUCUGUGCGGAAAGAGUUUUACCAAGUUAGUUGGCCUGAAUAAGCAUGACAGGACACACACACGAGGAGAUAAGACCUUCCACUGCUCCCAGUGUGGAAAGACAUUUACCCGGUUAAGGUACCUGAAUGAGCAUGAAACAAUACAUACAAAUACACAGGAGGAGAAGACAUACCACUGCUCUCAUUGUGGAAAGACAUUUUCCCAGUCAGAGGACCUGAAAACACAUGAGAGAAUAGAGAGGCUGUGUUCUGACUUGUGUUUUUGACCUGAGAAUUAGUGUUUUUGUUUCAUGUUGUUUAUGAUUAAACCUGUCUAUAUAAUACAUAACAGUACUAUAACACACACAGGAGAGAAAACCUUCCACUGUUCUCAUUUAGCUUUUGACCUGAGAAUGAAGUGUUUUUGACCUGAGAAUGAAGUGUUUUUGACCUGAGAA